AUGACAGAAGCUCACUUUAUCAAACUAGUGAGCUUGAAGGAUCUAAAAGGAUCAGCUAACAAAUUAAUCUUAAGGCUGCAAGCUGCAAACUGGAUUCCCCCUUUCCAGUUGGAAUAUUUGUCUCUGAUAAAUUGGGUUUUAGGGCCUCAAUUUCCAUUGUGGUUGCAAUCACAGAAGGAUUUAAUGGAAUUAGACAUAUGCAACACAGGCAUUUCAUCGCCCAUGCCCGAAUCAUUUGUAAGAUCAUUCUCCAAUCUAUACUAUUUGAAUAUGUCAAAUAAUCAUAUCCGAGGACCACUAACGUUCUCCGGUAUCCCUGCUACACUUGAAAUUAUUGACAUUAGCUCGAAUGGGUUUUGGGGAUCGUUACAUCCUUUGUUGUGUUCCAGUGGUGUGACAAGUACAUAUUUUCUUAAUUUGGGAAAUAAUAAUUUGUCGGGUGAAGUUCCAGAGUGUUGGGAGAAAUGGCCGGAGUUGGUACUUUUAAAUUUGGAGAAUAACAGUUUGUCUGGUGAGAUUCCAAGAACAUUGGGUUCUUUAAAUUUACAGUAUCUAAACAUGCACGGGAACAAGUUCUCUGGAAGAUUACAUUCUUCUCUAAUGAACUUAACAGAACUAGAUGUUCUUGAACUUGGAAGGAAUGAACUUACUGGAAGCAUUCCAACAUGGAUUGGAAGAAAACUUACUCGUUUAAGAAUUCUCAACCUUCGAUCAAACCGUUUUGCCGGAAAUAUUCCUCAUGAGCUUUGUCAUAUUAGACAUAUUCAAAUAUUAGAUCUUGCUCAUAACAACCUAUCCGGAAAUGUUCCGAGAUGCUUCAACAACUUUAGUAUCCUUUCCGGCAUCGAAAGAAAUUCACGAAAUGACUUUGCUUACGUCAGUAGUGGACAUAGAACUCCUAUCGCUGGUGAUUCAUUGGUGACGAAUGGACGAGAGGAUACAUAUAGCAGUAUUCUUCCAUUAGUGAUGUUGAUAGACCUUUCGUGUAACAAUCUCACCGGAUACAUUCCUAGUGAGCUAAUGUCCCUCUUGGAGUUAAAAUCGUUGAAUUUAUCAAGAAAUCAAUUGAGUGGAAGUAUCCCAGAGAAGAUUGGAAACAUGAAAGAACUUAUAUCAUUAGAUUUAUCGGUAAACUGGCUUUCUGGAGAGCUUCCCAUGAGCUUGUCAAAGUUAAACUUCUUGAGUAGCUUCAACGUGUCCUUCAACAGUUUGACAGGAAGAAUUCCAACAAGUACACAGCUUCAAAGCUUCAGUGAGUCUAGCUUCUUUGGCAACAAACUUUGUGGAGCUCCACUAACUGAAACUAAUGGUUGUGAACGGGUUAAAGCAGCAACUCAUACAAUAGGAGAGAAAAAAGAAGAGGAUGGAGCAGAUUGGGGGUUGAUUAUAAGCAUAGUGGUUGGAUUUGUUUGUGGAUUUUGGAUGAUUAUGGGUCCAUUGAUAGUGAGAAGAUCAUGGAGGAUUGCAUAUUUCAGUUUUGUGAGUAAUUUGAGGUAUAUGGUUUAUGAUGUUAUACAUAAGUAUUGUUGUCACAUGUUUUCUAGUUGA